AUGAAAACAGAGUCAAACCGAUCAAUGCAAAGAGACCUGCAACAUCUGCAACUUUGGACUCCCAUUGCGCAACAGAGCGUCAGAGAACCCAUUCUUGUGGUGUCCUAUCGCCAACGUGAUGCAACAUGCGUCACAUCCACCGACCCGCGAGCGAGUAUAUAUUCCGGCGCGUGUGGCGAAGAGGACAGUGGCGAAGAUUCUCUUAUCUCAAACAGUGCAUUUGUGUCCUGCGCUUAUUCAAGGAGUGAUUUUGCUAUUCUUAUAUUCCUAAUAAGGAAUUCUAGAGCCAUGGAUUGCAGGGUGUGCUACAACCCCUUCGACGACAAGGACUAUCGUCCAAGGAACCUGGAGUGCGGACACUCCUUCUGCACCAGCUGCCUCAAGGGCAUCCACUACGGGUCAACGCUGGAGUGCCCCGAGUGCCGCCACCAGCAGACCGUCGAGGAGGUCGCCGCCCUGCCCGUCGGCUUCGGCGUCCUGAGGGCGGUGGAGGCGGCGCGCGGCGAGAUCACGAGCCGCAAGGAGCAGGACGAGUGGGAGGCGCCCUUGUUCAUCCUCCCGAGUCGCAAGAAGGACCUGCAGGAGGGCGGCAAGGAGAGCCUGGAGAACGAAGGGGCGGCCGAUCUGGAGGCCCUGAAGAAGUCCUAUCGCAACGUCCUCUGGUCCAGGAUCUACUUCUGCGCCGAGAAAUUGGAGGAGUUGAAGGACUAUGAGCGCACCCUCAGAGACGUCUCGGGGAACGUCCGGCAGCACGUGCAUUGCCUGGAGAAGAUCCUGGAGAACCGACAGUCCCUGACCCAGUCCCUGCAGGCGGAGGCGGAGAGGUGCCAGAGGGAGCAGGAGUCUAUCGAAGGAAGGAAGAAGGAACUGUUUGUUCGCAAGGAGCAGCUCAACGGCGCUUCCGGUUUGGAGGACACGGAGGACUUCUGUACAGAGGAGUAUAUCGACCGCCAGCACCGCCUUAAUAACUUCCUGAAGAUGGACAAGGAGUCCCUGGCACAACUUCGCUCCUUCACCACACACAUGUGCAGAAAUGACAAACGCCUAUGCAGAAUUCUCGAGUCGUUGGACGUGCCUGAAUCUGACCUCAUCCAUCUCUUUGACGACAUGCUCAAACUAAACUAAAUCACGUGGAUUGAUUAUUUUAAUGAAUAAGUCUCUACAACUUGAAGCUUUAAUGGAUGUGAACGUUAUCUCCUCUACUGUAACACAACUUAUCUCGGAUUCAGGACGUGAAUUACUGAUGCGCCCAAGUAGGUCAAAUUACAAUGAUUGUGAUAAUUUUAACUAUAUAAUCCAGUCUUAGUGAAUAGUGGGCAUGGAACACUUCUUAAAAAACACACACACACACACACACACACACACACACACACACACACACACACACACACACACACACACACACACACACACACACACACACACACACACACACAAAAUUUAGAUAGUUUGUAUAAGUAUAUUUUGCUAAAGAUCAAGGUUUAUACACUGUUUCUCUUGACGUUAAGUUAUUAAUAGUGUUAACCAACCACGGGCAAUGAUAUU